CCGAACUCUCACAGCGAUCGAAUCCACACUUCCCAAUAGCCGGUGCCAUGCAUGCAUCACAUUAACCUGACAUAUAGAGCCAAAUGGCUUGCUUAUUACUGUUGAGCAUCUCUGAGGCGAACGCAAGUUGAUAGUAUUCCAGGCGGAAGAUGUCUACGUCCUUCGAGACAACUACAUUAUUCAUUCCCCAUCCACAGGAAUCUGGGGUCUCUAUUGUCGGUGUUUUAGAACAAGUUCAACCUGGAGAAACUAUUGGGCGUAAGAUUGCCUUAAUUUUACAUGGUUCUCUUGGUCACAAAGACUAUCUAUUUCAGAAGCGACUAGCAUAUCGUUUACCUAUAGACUCGUUUCGCUUUGACUUCCGAGGUAAUCAUGAGACGGCCGGAGAAUGGCGAAUGGGAGCCCUUGCUAAUGAUGUUGCCGAUAUCGAUGCCGUCGUCGCGUAUCUCAUGAAAGAGUAUGGAUACGUGGUGGACCUCAUCGUGGGCCAUUCUCGCGGUGCGAUCAGCGGCAUCCGAUGGAUGUGCACCUCUGAGGAAAGCAAGACUGUGAGAGGUUUUGUGAACGUAUCUGGCCGUUAUAGGAUGGAGAAAAUUCUAGAUAACAUUCCAUCCAGAUUCAAGCAGUUGCUUGAGUCGCAAGGAUACUACCUCAUGAAGGGAGUAGUUGCUCGGAAGGAGUUCGUUGGAAAGGUUACUGUCGACGAUGUGCAGGAGUUUGUGACCUUUGAUUGCUCAUUCGUUUGGGACCAAUUUCCUCCCUCCACGCAUGUCUUCAGCUUGCACGGUCUCAAGGAUCACAUCGUCCCUCCCUAUGACGCUAUCAUCUAUGCUCGUGCGUUCGGGGCGAGAAGCCCCGGAACUCACAAUCUUUGCUAUUCUGAAGAUGCUGAUCACAAUUUUACUGGCAUGUCGGACUUUGUCGUCGAGACAGUAUUGGAAUGGUGGAAAGCGUUGGAACAUGGGCAGCUUAAGACUGGCAUUUGGAACACCGGUGUUAGAAGCAAACUAUAAAUAUGUAGGAGAAAUUCCCGGUGGUAUGCAGGUACUGUACACUCGAAUAUUGCGGUAUCUAACCGUAGUGAGCUUCCUUCACUAUCACCUCUCGUGGGGAUCAAACAGCAAUGC